AUGAGCCGGCAAAAUUUUUUUGGAAUUGUAGUGGGUACUGCAAUGCAAAAAACUGUUAAAGUACGAGUUGCAAGACAAUUUGUUCAUCCUAUAGUUCGUAAGGUAAUUGAAUGGCACGAGAUUUUACGUGAUUAUUUUGGAUCAUUACCUGUUAUAACGAGGCACAAAAAAUUCCUUGCGCAUGAUGAAAAAGAAGUUUGUACUUUAGGUGAUGUAGUAAGAAUCGAGGCUUGUAGACCUUUGAGCAAAAGGAAAAGUUUCACUGUUGCAGAGAUCAUUAGACCCGCAAGAACUUGGACAGAUCCGAUGAGUGGUGAAAUUAAGCGAUAA